UAUGUACUCUAAUUAUGCUGUAAAUUAACAUUAUGAUGAAGGUUAUCAUGCAUCUCUACAUAAUGGGCUCUGCCUGUUUCCUUAAUUGGAAACUACUACUGCUGAUGGCUCCAAAAGGAGACAACGUUGUGGUUUCUAACAUGAAGCUUGAAAGGAUGCUGAGCAUGAAAGGAGGCAAAGGAGAGUCCAGCUAUGCCAACAAUUCCAAAGCCCAGGCUCUACAUGCUCGAUCCAUGCUUCAUCUCCUUGAAGAAACCCUAGACGGAGUCCAACUGAACUCCCCUGAGGUUCCCUUCGUGGUUGUAGACCUCGGAUGCUCAUGUGGUAGCAACACCAUCUACAUCGUCGACGUGAUUAUCAAACACAUUAUCAAACGCUACGAGGCCUUGGGAUACGAGCCGCCGGAGUUUUCUGCAUUUUUCGCCGACCUCCCCAGUAAUGACUUCAACACCCUCUUUCAGCUCCUCCCUCCCCUAGCCAAUUAUGGCGGUAGCAUGGAGGAGUGCCUAGCAGCCAACAACCACAGGUCUUACUUUGCGGCUGGGGUUCCCGGUUCGUUCUACCGGAGGCUUUUUCCGGCGAGGUCCAUUGAUGUCUUCCACUCGGCGUUUUCCUUGCAUUGGCUAUCUCAGGUGCCUGAGAGCGUUUUAGACAAGAAAUCGAUGGCUUAUAACAAAGGGAGGGUGUUCAUCCACGGAGCAGACGAAAGCACAGCAAAGGCAUACAGGAAACAAUUCCAAACAGAUUUGGCAGUGUUCCUUAGAUCAAGAUCACAGGAGGUGAAGAGAGGUGGGUCUAUGUUUCUUGUCUGUUUAGGGAGAACCUCAGUAGACCCCACAGACCAAGGUGGGGCUGGUCUCCUCUUUGGGACUCACUUUCAGGAUGCUUGGGAUGAUCUUGUCCAAGAGGGCCUUGUCAGCAGUGAAAAACGUGACAACUUCAACAUUCCGGUGUAUGCACCAAGCCUACAAGAUUUCAAGGAAGUAGUUGAAGCCGACGGGUCAUUUUCCAUUAACAAGCUAGAGGUAUUCAAAGGAGGCAGCCCUCUUGUGGUUAGCCAGCCGGACGAUGCAGCCGAAGUUGGUCGAGCCCUAGCCAAUUGCUGUAGGAGUGUGUCCGGGGUCCUAGUUGAUGCCCACAUUGGUGACCGGUUUAGCGAGGAGCUGUUCUUAAGGGUAGAGCGCAGAGCCACAAGUCAUGCUAAAGAUCUGCUAGAGCAACUGCAAUUCUUUCAUAUAGUUGCAUCCCUUUCUUUAACUAAUGCAGCUUAGAGCAAAGAGAUCAAAGGGCCGGCUUUAAAAGAUCCGUACGUACGUAGAAGAAGAAGGCUAAUGCAUAAGAGAGAUUAAUGAAACACACAAAAUUAAGAGAGUACGAUCAGUAAUCAAGGCUUGUGAUCACCUUUUUGCUUUUUCCUCUUUCUUUUGUAUGUUUCUGUGGUGUUACCCCUUUACGCUUGAUGCCUUCUAUGAAUGUGUUCGCUAGUUGUCCAAACCAUAACUAGGAAAUCAUAAAUCCGGCAACAUCUAGUAUUUCCAUUCUGCAUUCUUUAUCGCUCAUUAUAAUGAUGGGUUUAGGUUUAUGAAGGAAGGUCUGUCACCUAAAAGUUUGUGAAAUAUCAUUUGAAUUCGACUUUUA